CAAGAUAAUUGAUAACAACGUCCCCAUUCCAGAGGAAAAAAAGUUUGUAUCAUUUAAUUCUUCGUAAGACUAUUUAGCAACUGAAGGCGUUGCAAUAACCCUUUUCUGAGCAAAGUGCAUAUGAGAAUACAAAGCCCACAUGGGGGAGGUUUCCGUUCUGUUACAUCUGGCCGGUUGCUUUUCCGGAUGUUACUUUAGUACGAUGCUAAACCUUGUACAGCUAUGAUUCUGUGAACAGUAAUUUGUUAAGAAUGAGUUUAAAUCAAAUGAUCAGCGAGCAAAACUGCAAUGAAAAGUUCGUGGCAAAUGACAACCUUGCACCUACUUGUAGCAGCAAACUACCGCAUACUACAGGGUUCCACUGUGACUCCCGCAAAACUCUGCAAACACUAGCUGAUACAUUUGCAACUUUACCGAGGGGUCGUAACAGGCAGCUAAUAUUAUCAAGGACCAAUUCAUUAGUGGACGCAGAGGAUUCUGAAAGAAAGCUGCAUAUCUUAGUGAAACAAGAUAAUCAGACAUUCGGGUUUGAAAUCCAGACUCAUGUGUCAAAUCACCCAAAUGCUGACAAUCAUGAAGUAUGUACCUUCGUCUACAGAGUGCAUGAUGGUACUUGUGCUCAAGGUGCUGGACUGAAACCUGGUGACAUUUUGGUCAACAUCAAUGGAGUGAGCACUGAAGGUUUUUCCCAUCAUGACAUAGUGACCCACAUAAAGUCUUCGGGCAACUUGCUCAGACUGGAAACUGUGCAAGGAGCCAUCUUAAAAAAGCUUGAACUGGAAACAAAGCUGCGUCAUUUAAAACGUGCUUUGAAAAAGAAAGAAACUGAGCUGCAUGCACUGCUUUCAGAAGAACAACGCCUUCUUCGUGGACUAGAUGGCUGCCAGAUAUCAGAAGCUGUGGAGUCACCUGGGCCUAACAUAAGUGAUAGCAGCCCUGUGCAAGCAGAUCCUGUCCAUAGAAGUAGGCUUCGAUUUUCCAGUGCAAGCAGCUGCAGAAGUCAGCUCAGCUUUAUGACUGAGGACAGCGAGGAUGGCUUUUUCUCAUCCCCUGUGUUUGAAGACUCUUGUUGUGAUAGCCCAUGGAGACGGGCAAGUAUAGAUGAAGACUGUUUCUUCCAAAGGGACAUUGACAUGCCAGUGCGAAAGUGCACUUUAUCAAGGAACAGAAGUAUCAGUAUUGCCAGCAAUAGUAGUGGGUCUCUGUCUCCCUCGUGGGAUAUGAAUAACUGCUCGAAUAUCUACGGAACAAUUCCACGAAAAACUAGGAAAGGGAGCAUUAGAAGACGCUUCAUGAAAUUUAUUCCCGGACUGAACAGAUCUGUGGAGGAAGAAGAAAGUAGCUUUUAGAAUUUUAUUGCUUGUUGUCAAUAACGGUGCCAUUUAAGGGUUAAAAUCACAAAAAAACUGACAGGAACAUAACACCAUAGUUGCCGAUAUAAAUAUAUGUAAAGAACUGUGGAUUGAAGAUGCCUGUACUCAUACCUGUCUCAUAAUUGUUUCUGAUGACACUUGCACAUGAUAUGUACUGCAUCAAUACACAGUGACUUUUUGUAUGCAUUAGUACAGCUUUGGCUGCAGUCUCUAACAUGCACUUACUUUUCCAACAUCACAGGAGUCCUGCUGUUUGCAUAUCUGUGCAAACAUGUAUUUGUUAAUGCAUUGCAUUUAACAGUAUUAAGGAAAGUAUGCUGUGUGCCAAAGCUUAUUUAUAUUUAUAAUGUGAAACAUUGUAAACUGUUUAAAGAGUUUGUGAGAAUCUUCACAUGAAGGUCUGUAGCAGAGCAUCCAUGAAUGCAUGACCUAGCUAGUGUUCUAUAUCAUAACUCUUUAUUAGUUUACAACAUUGUGGCAAAACAACAAAGUCACACCCAGUUGCAAAGCCUAAUUUACCUGUAACAGCACUUAACUUUUAUAUUGCAAAAAUUAUGCAUUUUAAUGCAGUCUGCAACUUAUUUUAUUUCAUACUGUCCACUGCUUUAUUAGUUGUUACUAACAGUCAUGCAUACUAGCAUUAUUCACCAUUACCUUUAAAAUACACAGUUGUAUAUUUUCCAUCAGUAGAUUUUGUGUUGUCAUAGAGGUGCCUUUAUCCUUAGAUAUACUGCAUCCAUAUGGUGCCUUACUGGCAAAUAAAAGUAUAUUGCCAGCCUGACAAAAACAUGCUUUCAUAACUGACAGAAUGCAUGUAAUGUUUAUUAUAAUUCUUGUGAAUGCCACAUUUACGUUUAGGCACUCUGUGAAAUGUAACUUCAUUUAAAGAUGAUCAUUGUGUUUCACUGUUGCAGUCAUUGCACUUGGGUUAUCCUGCUGGCAGGCUACCCACA